UUUCGUUAUCAUCUAAUACAAAUCAGAAGCUGUAAUAAUGGGAACUCAUCGAAUCAUCAUUGGUCUCGUCGCUCUUUGUUGUUUCUGUCUACCUCAUAUCAUUGAAGCUAAACCAUUCGGUGUAUACCAACAACAAGUGUUCGUGGAUCAAUCAGGCCAUGGAAAUUUCACGACAAUACAAAAAGCUAUUGACUCGGUCCCAACUAACAAUCGUCAUUGGUUCUUUAUCAACGUCAAAGCUGGUCUUUACAGAGAGAAAAUAAAGAUACCGUAUGAAAAACCGUUCAUAGUAAUUGUGGGAGCUGGGAAAAGGUUAACGAGAGUUGAAUGGGAUGACCAUGACUCGGUUGCACAAAGCCCUACCUUUGCUACUCUCGCCGAUAACACCGUGGUUAAAAGCAUCACUUUCGUCAAUACCUAUAACUUCCCUAGCAAGGGAAAAAUGAACAAUAACCCUAGAACUCCAGCCGUUGCGGCGUUGAUCGGUGGCGAUAAGUCGGCUUUUUUCUCGGUUGGGUUUGCUGGAAUUCAAGAUACCUUGUGGGACUCGGAUGGCCGACACUACUUCCACCGAUGCACAAUCCAAGGCGCGGUCGAUUUCAUCUUUGGUAGCGGCCAAUCUAUUUACCAGAGUUGUGUGAUACAAGUGCUAGGUUGGGUGCUACAACCGGGUCUAGCCGGUUACGUAACGGCUCAAGGACGGACCAACCCUUACGACGCUAAUGGAUUCAUCUUCAUCAACAGCCUCGUUCAUGGAACGGGCAUGGCAUUCUUGGGCAGACCGUGGCGCGGCUACUCUCGAGUUAUUUUUUACAACUCGAACCUGACGGACGUGGUUGUUCCUGAAGGAUGGGACGCAUGGAACUUCGCGGGCCACGAAAACCAACUGACGUUUGCAGAACAUGGAUGCUACGGAAGUGGAGCAAAGACGGGAAGACGUGUGAAGUGGGUUAAGAAGGAGCUGACUGGAUCUGGCACCCAAAAUUUGGGUGAUCUCAGCUUUAUUAAUCGUGGUGGAUGGGUUGAAGAUUUGCCCAUCCCUGCUUGA